GGAAACCGCGACAGUUGCUCGUCGGCGAGCCACUCAAACGCGUCUCGUCUCUAUUUCUCCGAUCGAAAGCCUCAAGUGUUUUUUUAAUUUCAAAAAAUUGCUUUCGGCGGGAAAACAAGCCGCCAAUUUUAAACGUUCGGAGAAAAUUUUUCAGUGAGCAGUGAAUUGUGAUUUUCGAACGGUAAAAGUGAAGUUCGAGAAACGCUAGGUGUUUUCAUUAUGGAUUUGGAAUAGAACGAAUUUUGAGGCUUAGAUUUGUGCUUAAGGGAUAUACCUUGAUAUGGAAUCACCUCCGGUGGAGGAGACCGAGUUGGAUGUGGGAUCGGCGAGUGAUGAGGUGGAGUCCAUGGAGAAUUCGGUGAAGCCGUCACCGAAGCCGUUCACUAUUGAGAGCUUGAUUGGAAAUAGGGGGCAGGUUGUCGGGGGCGAGAGGAAGGACAAUUGGUGCGAUAAGAAUGGGGAUGGGAAGGGGAGUGAGAGGGACAGGGAGAGGGAAUUGCUGUAUCAGCAGCACUGUUUCGCGACGGCUACCAGUGCAUUGCCGGGAUUCGCGAUGCCCCUAAGCUUGUACAGCGCUUGGUUGCCAAUGCGAAUGUAUGGGGGAAGUGUACCAGGGGGACCGAUCCUGCCGCCUCAUCUGUCAGCGAGUUAUCCUGCCCAUCAGGGCCAUCAGGCCCAGUUGCCACAUCAUCUCAAUCUGAGUCUCAAUCAUCUGCAUGGAGCUGCGUAUCCCGGACACCGGGACGUUCAACCGAGUGGACUGACGGAUAGUGAGGACGAGGGUAGUCUCUCACCUGUUCAAGAUCUUUCCAAGUCUCAACAUGGGUCGGAAAGUGGACGAAUAUCCCCAGAAUCCGACGACGAUGGCGUGACGACCGAGCCAGGUCUCUCCCAGAACUCAUCAGUAUCGUCUGCCUCGGCGAACGCGAGCAAAGGUCGCCGAAGAAGGACAGCGUUCACCUCAGAGCAACUCCUAGAACUAGAACGAGAAUUUCACGCUAAAAAAUAUCUCUCUUUGACAGAGCGUUCGCACAUCGCGCACGCUCUCAAGCUGUCCGAGGUCCAGGUGAAGAUCUGGUUCCAAAAUCGCCGGGCAAAAUGGAAGCGAAUGAAGGCAGGCCUGACGACUGGCGGAGCGAGCUCAGCUUCUCGACAUGCCGCUCACGGACAGCAGGCCAACGCUGGCCCUCGCAUAGUCGUGCCAAUUCCUGUUCAUGUGAGCAGACUAGCUGUCAGAUCUCAUCACCAUCACCUCGAGAAAUGUCCAACGGGAAAUCCUGGGAGGCCGAGCGAUUCGCUGUCCUCGGGAUUGUCCGGAAGACUGUCAUCUUCCCUUGUUGGAGGUUCUCAUACCCUAGGAUCUGGGACUGGACUGAGGGCAUUCAGUGCACCUGCGACCAACUCCUCGAGAAGGUAGCUGAGUGUCUAAUAAAGUGUAUGAUAUACUCUUGAAGGAGGGACUGUUGGUUGUGCUGUCAACUGUUGAUUGAUCGGUGAUAGUUAUAACCAGUGAUUUGAUGAACAGUGCAGAGUGUACUGUUGAUAAUCGGUGGAUUAUGAAAGCUUUAUCAACGCGAAAUUACUAGUAGUGAACGAAGAGAUCUCCAUUAAAAAACUUUAGAAUUUUCCCUGGUAACUCUAUAGAAAGCUAUACUGUCAACCGAGUAAUCUCCGGACUCGUGGCUCGUUUCAAGUGUAUCAAAUGUUGGAGGCUCUAUUCUUCAAGUACGAAUUAUUGCCUGUGCUGUCAACUAGUGAUCGAUUGUGAACGAUCAUUACUUAGAAGGACGAAAAAAUGAGGCAUCUUUACAUGAAGAAUUAUUAACUGUCGGUUGGGACUGAAUCGGAAUUUAUGUUGUCAACGGAGCUAUCGCCGGCAGGCUCGGUCAGGGUGAUUGUCAUCUUCGCUCGUUGAAGAGUUCUUAAAUAGUUUUUAAAAUACCUCCAAAUUUACCAAAAAUCAUAGAAAUGCUUUACCAUAAAAGCAUUUAAAAUGUCUGAGAACAUUAAAGAGCAUCUGUCACUCACUUUCAUCGACUUUCAUACAUACUCGAAGAAUGAACAAGAGAAUUCAUCAAGUAUGUACAUAUACCCAUUGAAACUGAGUUCCAAGCCCGAUGACGAACAAAGGAUUGAAUAUUAAAUGUGUACGUAUUCUGUAACGGAUGGCCGCGCCCACAAUACACUCACACUACUCAUAAAUCCAAUAUUGAAGAUGUAUAUUCAUCCACAGAAGUGAUCUCUCACUGAGUUAAUCCGAUUUUCAUGUGAUUUUCAAACAGUUUGGAUGGAAUGAAGUUAACGAAGGCGACAUUGUUCGUGAUGUUUUAUUAAUAAGCUGUGUUACCACUGACGAUUCACUCAAUCAUUAUUUGAUAAUGGUGAGGUAAUUUCGAGCACCACGGAUUAUUGGGUUUAACUGAUUUUUAAAAUGAGCAAGUCGAGCAACGAGUUAACGAUCAGUUGAUAAAAAUGUAUUCCGUAAAGUCGAGGUAAAAUGUUGUAAUGAGUAAUAAAAAUGAAGACUGUAAAUAGAGAAUGAGAAGAACUCGAUGAGUCAGAAAUAAUCUUGAAUGUGGGAAAGUUGGAUUAUUCCUCGAGUAUUUUCACUGGAAAGGUUUAAAAUGAUUUCAGAAGUCAAGUGGUUUUUCCACAUAACUCAUAAAAAUUUUAUUUUGUCAUUAAAACCUCGUUUCAUAUAUAAAAAAAAAUAUGGUAAAUAUUACCACUUCACCAGUGAAUGUUCACAAUUUUUUUUACUUGUAUACUUCAACAAUACUCAACAUUUUAUAAAUAAUAAUUUAUUUCUCUCUCUUUCUCUCUCUCUCUCUCUCGUAAACUGUAGAUAGUCUCAUGUAUAGCAAAAAAAACUAAAUUAUCUAUAUCGACAAACGUGAGCUGUAAGAAACGUUAUAUAUUCAUGAUCGGAUUUAAUAUAUAGUUAAAUAAAUUGUCAAAAACAAUUUGCGAAUAAAAAUAAUUAUACGUUAUGUACAAAAGCGCAAUAAACUCGUGUUAAUAAAA